GAGCGGCGAGCAAAGUGCCCGCCAAAACUCGAGCACGCAAAUAAAAAACCUCUAUUCGCUACCCGACCUUCUUCCCAUGCACUUCCUUUUGACUGUUAGGUUUCAAAUCUUUUGGCUCUUCCUCUCUUCGUUCUCUAUCACGAUAAUCCUUAAUCAUCCCAUUCUCUAUGGAUAAUGGAAGCCACCACAACACAACAGCAAAUCAACGGCCACGAUGAUCAUCGCCCAGCCAAUUCCAAGAAUAACGAUGAUCUCCUCGCUCAGCUUAACUCUCUCCACCAGUCGUAUGAUUCUCUUCGUUCGAAAAACUCCGCGAUUGAGGAAGAUCUCCUUCUUGCAAAGCAGCAAAGAGACGACGCAAUCAACAAAGCCGCCGAUCUCAAAAUAGUGGUCCAUGAAGUUUCAAGCCAAACAGACUUUCUUCAAGACCAAAUUCAUGAAUUUGAGGUAUCUCUUAAGGAAAGUGAAGAUGGGUUUACGAAAAGGUUAGAAGAGGAAUUGUUGAGAAAUCAGGAACUUGAAAAAGAAGUAAACUUUGCCAAGGAUAGAAUUGAAAGUUUAGAAUUUUAUAUAAAGGAAGCGGAAAGGAAAAAUGGGUUUUUGUUAAAAACUUUGGGUUCUAUCAGACCAGUGAAGGGUUUUUUGGUGGAAAUAAUAGAGUGUUUAGAUGAUGAGAAAGUGAUCGAGAGAGUGACUAACGAUGAGGAUAAUGCUGUUGAAUUGCAAGCAUUAGACAAUGAAUUGAAGGCAAUUUGGGAAGAAUUAUCUCCAAUUACAAGGCUAGCUAAUGAGGCAAAAUCAAAAGUGAAUGAGUUUAAAGAGAAAAAGAAAAACGAGAAGAGGGAAUUGGAGAAUAGUGUUGUGAGUUUGACAGAGGAGAACCGUGAUAUUAAUAGUUUGUUAAGGGUUGCUUUAUUGGAGAAAGAGGCAGUGGAGAAGAGUUUGAAUAAGUUGAAAGGGAACACUGAGCAAAAGAGAGUGGCUUUGUUGCAGAUUGCUGAGAGGGGAUUGCAAAGAGUAGGGUUUGGCUUCAUGAUGGGAAGUGGGAGUACUGAGCAAUCGCCGGAUAGUAGUUCAGGAGCUAUCAUUACUACCACUCCUGCUGCUAGCACUACUGCCAGUGUUAAAUCAGAUGGUAGUGAGUGUGAAGAGGAGGUUGUCAGUCUGGCCUCAACUGUAGAGAGAAUAAUGAAGAAUUUACGACUUGAAAUCACUCAACUGAGAAGAUCUCUGGAAGAAUCUAGGUCAGAUGCUGAGCGACUGCAGAGUCUUACAGAGAAACAAACUCAACAAGUUGCAGAAAACACACUGUACAUAAAAGAGUUGGAAGAGAGAGAGGCUGUGUUAGCUCAAAACGUAGAGGAACUCCUAACAGAAAUAAAGGAAACUGAGGCAGAAGUUGCUAGAUGGAGGGAAGCCUGUGAAUUGGAAGUAGAAGCUGGGAAACAUGAGAUUGAAGAACGUGAUAAAGUGGUUUUCAUCAUGAAGCAAGAACUGGACAGAACAAAGGCUGCUUUAGAGAUAUCAAAUGGCAAGUUAAAACUGAAAGAAGACCUUGCAAGUGCUGCAAUGGCUGCUCAGGCAGCAUCAGAGAAGUCACUGCAACUAGCUGACACCAGGGCUGCAGGACUCCAAGAACGGAUCGAAGAACUAAGGAAACAACUGGAAGAAGCAGAAAGCAAAGAACGUAGCCGCCGUAAAGUGAGGCAUAUAUGUUGGCCAUGGCGAACUCUGAAACAGAAUUCAGCAAAUAUUGCAAAUGAAAGAGUUCAGAGUGUGAGACCGAUGCUGCCAGAAAUGCAAGCGUUGCUUCAUUACAGUUUGUGACAUAUUUUCUUAAGCUUCAUAUAAUUAAGAAGAAUUCACUAUUUCUUCCUCCCAUUUGUCUUCCACCUUUUUUCUUUAAUAUUUUUAAUUAUUUCGAAGCAAGAUCCUAUACCUGAUUAACUGCUGCGCAGCUAAUAUAAUGCGCAGCAUGUAACUAACAAUUCCCCUCAGCAAAUCCAUUGAUAAUUUAUUGGAUUUUCAA